AUGUCGACCCUCCAGGUAUCGAGGCGUUAUCGCUCCUCCACCUCGGCGUCGUCCCGAUCAUCCAGCGCCGCCAACUCGAAAGCUCUCGAAAUCCUGCGCGGUAUCCUCGACACCCUCGCCGCCAGCACCCAAAGACGAACCAACGACGGCUACCCCGAGUUUCCUGUUCUUGUCAAGAGCCUACGCCAAAUUCGACAGCAUGUCGCUGCGCCUGAACCUCCGAGCUCGCCCCAGGAUGACUUUAGACACCUCCACGGCUUCCACCGUCUCCUCGAUGUGUUGCGAUCCUACUCCGGCUUCUACAACCCCCAGCGCCGCACGGAAGAGGAAAAGGAGGGCUUGUUUGGCCUGCUCGAAGCUGUGCUGGACGUCUUCGCCGCGGCAUUCCUAGACCAUCCGGGGAACAAGCGUUACUUUCGUCAUCGCGUGGAAGGCGGCGGUUGGGAGGCCCUCGAACAGACCAUCGCCAGCGUUGGGCUUGGCGGAAGCGACUCCGACCUCUGGACCAAUUGCCAAUUCUUCGGGAAGCUCUUGUCGUUCUCGCUUGGUGACAGCAAAGUAGACGCCCUUUGUCAAUCCAUCGCUACAAGCCAGGAAACACACGACAGAGUCGCCAAGACGAGCAACCUGGAAGAAACCCCUGAUACCGACGAGAAGCAGGAAGAAGCGCCGGCGACCCCCAAAGCAAGAGACAUUGGCCAAGAGGUGCGCGAUGCCAUUCAAAAAAAGGCCGUCUUCCGCAACCCUGAAAUCCUGCGAGCUGUUGUGGGUUUCUGGGAGUCUAUACCGAGAGCGCAGGACAUGCCAGCCAACUCCUGCUCGAUGGUAGUCCUGGAGAUCAUGUCGAGCAUCGUUUCAAUCUCCACGUUUAAUCUCGCGGCUCUACAUGCCACGGGUGUGCUCUCGCGCUUGCUUCGCGUUCUGUUCGAUCCCGCCCCGAAGCUCGAUCAGGCCGAGAAGGAUAAACUGCUCAUCAUUUGCAAGAAGCUCAUGUACUUGGGCUUCAACCAGCCCGCAGACACCCAGUUCUUGCUCGCAAGCGCCUCGCCAGAAGCCUCCGAGUUCAGUCUCGAGAUGACUUCAACAUACAGCGGCCCCCCUUUCUUCCAAUUUGAUCUUUCGCUUCACGGCCAUUCCUCCAUCGAGCUACCAACACUUGGCCGGCCGUUCCCACCCAACUCAUCGCCAGGAUAUACCUUUACCGCCUGGGUUCGUGUCGACCGGUUCGAUCCUAACUCUCACACCACACUCUUCGGUGUCUUCGAUGCCACUCAGACUUGCUUUCUCCUUAUGUAUCUCGAGCGGGAUACGCGCAACUUCAUCCUGCAAACCUCAGUCACAUCCAGCCGGCCUAGCGUCAGGUUCAAAGGCAUGUCGUUCAAAGACAAGCAAUGGUACCACAUUGCUCUCGUCCACAGACGACCCAAAACAAUGAUUGCCAGCAAAGCCUCACUGUACGUCAAUGGAGAGUUUGUGGAGCAAAUUAAAUGUGCCUACCCUUCAUCGCCACCCUUUGCGAAUGGCAGCACAGAAAGCUUCGCAUCUUUUGCCUCCACCAAUGCCAAGCCACACCCAGUUCAAGCAUUCUUGGGGACACCGAGGGACCUAUCGAGCCAGCUUGGUGCCGGAUUGGUAUUCUCAAAAUGGUCUCUGGCAUCUGCGCAUCUCUUCGAAGACGUCCUGAGCGACGAUUUUCUUGCUGUACACUACGGCCUCUCUCCGAAGUAUCAGGGCAACUUUCAGGAUAGCCUCGGCGGCUUUCAGACGUACGAAGCUUCUGCGAGCCUGGGCUUGAGAAACGAGGUUUUUCAUCCCGGUAAGGAUGAGAGCUCCGACAUCAUUAGAGCCAUCAGAGACAAGGCUGGCAGUCUGCUACCCGAAAGCAAGAUCCUCCUUAGCAUACUUCCAGCCGGCGUCUUUCGAGAGGAUGGUGUUUAUCAGGACACUCAGCUCUACCGUGCUUUACCCCGGCCUGCAGCAACAAACCUCAUCCAAAUGACCCACAGAAGCGGCUCGGCCAUUGUCAUCAAUGCUGCGCUGCCAUGCCUCUUGGACGCAUUGGCGCGUUCUCAGGGGGUGGCCAUCCUGACCGGAAACCCCGUGGUGGUGACGCCCUCCUACUUUGACGACAAUUUCUGGCGCCUUGCCGGCUUCACUCCCCUAGCCCUCAAGAUUGUCGAGAGAGCAACCUCGGUCGAGGAAACUGUCCGUGCUGUCGAGAUGACGUUCCUCUGCAUCAAGAAGAGCUGGAGGAACAGCGAGGCAAUGGAGCGCGACAACGGCUAUGCCAUCCUUGGCAUGCUCCUAAGAGCCAAACUGGGUUACACGGUCAACCUCGGCGCUGACAACGGCAACUUGCGGCUGCCAAUUACAAGCGAAGAGAGGGACAGAUUGAGCUUUCAGCUCCUCAGCCUUGUCCUUGACUUUGUGGGGUACAACCACACAGAGCCCCUCGAGUCCUUUAUUGUGAAUCCCCUGGCUUACCGGAUUCUACUCAUUGACUUUGAUACUUGGAGACGGUCAGCUUCCAUCACUCAGGAACUCUAUUAUAAACAGUUCGUGACCUUCUCUGCCAAGAGCAAGUAUCACCAGUUCAACAGCAGGCGGUUAAUGCGCAUGAGAAUUGUGAAACGGUUGCUUGAUGCCAUGAAAGCAGAGUCAAUUACUGAGGAGGUGCUGACACACUUCAUGACUGCUUUGGAGCAACUUGUGAAAUGCAACUACACAGCCGAAGUGCACAGAUCUCUCGCUUUGUUCAUCACAUAUGCAUACCAUUCACCGACAACCUCCCUGGUCAGGUCCCCCCGACCAAUCUCUGCGAUUGCGCGAACUCCUGCCUCCUCUGGAUUCGCAAGACGAGCCACCUUCGAUUCCAACAGCACCUCGAGUGCGCCUCCUACCCGGUUUCUCACUAAGAAGCAGCUUGGUGCCAAAAUACUGGGGAUAUACUCGGACCUCCUUUGUGAGAAAGGCAACCUGGCCAACAUCCGCAAGUUUGCUAGGACAGUGACGAACAAGGUGAGACCACCGUUUGGCGAAAACCAACUAUUUUUAUUGAGUAUGGACCAGUGGUUGCUGUAUCUCCUGGCCAGUGACGACCCCGAGACCGUGGUAUACGGCAGCAAAAUCCUGGCUAGACUGCUCAUCACCCACGGCUCCGCGUAUACGGCCAAGUUCUCCGGAAAGACUGGUGGCUUCACCAUUAUGGCUCACCGACUCAAACGCUGGUGGUAUGUCCCUUCGUUGUGGCCGAUUUGCUUUAGCAUCCUGUUUGGAUUCGAUGUCGCCAACGUCGACCUCGAACGCAACUUCGAUUUCUCCAAUCUGCUCGAAACCUUCGGCAAGGCCCGAGUCCUCUACCCGGAAUGUCUUCAAGUCUUGACGUCGAUGCUGCAACAUGGGCUCAAGGACGUUAUGAGGCACCAGGAGGACCCGAACUCACCCCAAAAGCCACACAACCUUCAAGCAAGCGGGUUUGACGGACUAGAAACACGACCCCGAGCAAAGUCGAUGGAAACCAGGGGCAUUGACUCGAGGGUUGCAGAGAACAUCCAACGCGAUAGUGAGGCGAUAUCAGACCACGCGCCGAUGCUUCUCACAGUCAUUCGAUUUUUGUCAGACUUGCACUCACGCUCUGCCAACUUCAAGGACUUUGCCUUGACGUCUGAGUACGUGAGGUACCUGUUGUGGGCGUGUUACCCCAUCAUCGUUAGCACCGAUGCAGUCACCCCUGAUACCGAGCUCAACUCACGAGACUCGGCCCUCACGUUCGAAGGCGGCGACGUGAUAAUUCGUCCUCUUGCCGGUUCUCAGCCUGGCCCCAUCGUCCGCACAACAAGCACGGACGCGAUUGCGACAAUGGCAGGCAACCCCCGCGGAACUCCUCUCCGGAAGGCGUCUGGAUUCGUGCUGCUCACGAACCAAACAUCUCCCCAGUCCCCCAGCCCCGCACGCUUUGCCCCAGUCAUGUCACCGAAGAAGAAGGUCGCGUCGCAGCAAUCGAGCAGCGCAACCCUUGAUGGCUUGGUGGAGCUCGUCAUCAGUGUCUUCCUUGACCAAGUCUUCACACGAAAGGAGUUCCCAGGCUUCAGUCUGUUUCUCAGGGUGCCGCCAGGGUUCCAAGAGCACCAGGCUUAUUUUGAAUCCUUCAUCCUGAGAAAGACGCUUCAACAACUCGGUAACCACGUCCAAACCAACCAGAAGGUGCUGUGCGAGCCCAAGGUCCUUACAAACAUGGGCAGACUGGCUGCACACGUCACGGACACAAUCUUUGAAGGAUGGUUUAUCGACGGCACAGAGCCAAUGCUGGAGUUUUCCGGUACGGUGCUAGAGUACCUCCAACGGCCCGAAGUUUCCACCCUGAAAAGUGUUCGCCUGUGCAGCCAAGCAGUGACGACGAUGCGCCAAUGUUUCCUCAAGCUUCUUUUGCUAAGGUUCUCCGAACUGGACGAUUCCGAUACACCCGACUCCAGCGCAAAGGACUUUAUGAGCAAGAUUCUGUACUGGCAGUCGCCAAUUCUCGGCUGCCUCUCGAACGAGGAGGAGUUUAUGAAGCUUUUCUGGUACCAGCUGUAUACAAAGCUGGUCGACCCUCGAGUAGGCAUCAGGACUGCCACUGCCACUAUUAUGCGCAUUAUGCUUGUACAAAAACCACAUGAGUCUAAGGUUCUGUUCCGACAAUGUGUGGCGGCAGACCAGCAACAGUUGACCAAGGAAUUUGUAGUGAAGCUCACCGAGGUUGACGAUGAGGCUUUUCUUGAAUGGGUGGAUAAGCAUCGGGCGUCCCUUGACGCCUUCUUCUUCGGCGGUAUUUCAAAGAUCUGGGAAGAGUUCGUCGUUGUCGAAAAUCAGCGAACAAUCGAUUCGGCUAAGUUCCGAUUAGCAAAGCGCAGAGACCGGCUCAAAGCAUGGCAAACGGAAGCACUCACCAUUGACAACAUUCUCAUCCGCCAUGACAUGGCCAAUGGGGCUUGGAUGAAGAGCAUCUUCACUAGCGAGCACUUCAAGCAUCAGCGCCUGAUGCAGGACCAGCAAGAUGACAUGGCCUUCCUGGCUGCGGCGUUUGUCAAGAUGGACAACGACUUGCGACGUCCUGGUGCCGUUUUCAGCGAGCAUACGCAGCUCAAGUGGAAGCUCGACCGAACCGAGGGGCGAAACCGGAUGCGUCUGAGGCUUCUACCUGACUAUUCCAAGAAGCACGCCGACUACCAGCCAAAGAGGAGAGCAGGGGAGCCCACAACCCCGUCUGCCCUCAAGGUGAACACCACCAUGUCCGCCGCUCAGAUUGCGCCUUCACCGAUCAAGUCAGCUACACCAGCAUCGUCCCGUAUGCAGUCUAUUCCCAGUCUCGACGGUGACGCAGGAGGUUCCUCGACACCGGCCGAGGCGGAUCAGGAGGAGGAAGAAGAAGCGAACGAGUCCGGUGUCGGUGCCGAAGAAGACUUUGAACUGGUUGACGAUCCCAACGACGCCAACGAGGGAGACGAUGGGUUCGAGGACAAGAACCGCAAAGUCAUGAGGCGUCUCGAACAGGGAGAUCAAGUCCAGGCGGUGUACAACAUCUCACGCAUCGUCGGGUUGGAGGGGUGUGAGGGUAUCCUGAUCAUCGGAAAGGACGCACUGUACAUCAUGGACAACGUCUUCCAGUGCGCCUCUGGCGAGAUUGUCAACGCGUGGCAAGCUCCCCCCGAGGAACGAGACCCCUUCUCAGAGAUCAUCACAGAUGCCAAGACCACAGAGCAACGCCAAAGCUCCAGUCGUAGCGAGCAAGAGUCGCGAAGCUGGAGGUGGCACGACGUCAUCAGUAUCUCUAAGAGACGUUUCUUGUUCCGGGAUGUCGCCAUCGAAGUCUUCUUCACAGAUGGACGCAGCUACUUACUGACGUCUAUCAACCCGGCCCUGAGAGAUGAGGUCUUUGGCAAAUUGAUGAACAAAGCACCGCACACCAACGCCGCCAGCUCAUUGCCCAACCCCGAGGAUGCUUGGCGCCUCGAAGCCCUCAAGGUUUCCGAGGAGAUGCCCCAAGGCUUCGGCUCCAAGUUCGGCAGCAUUUUCAACUCAACGCCCUGGAACCCCGCCAUGAAGAAGUGGCAGAAGGGGGAGAUGUCCAAUUUCCACUACCUCAUGCUUGUCAACACGAUGGCCGGCCGGACGUUCAACGAUUUGACGCAGUAUCCUGUCUUCCCGUGGGUUCUCGCCGACUACACGAGCGAGGAGCUGAAUCUCAACGACCCUGCAACCUUCCGAGACCUCUCAAAGCCCAUGGGUGCUCAGACAGCCGGCCGUGUCUCGGGCUUCAGGGAGUCGUACAACGCCCUGGCCGAGAUUGGAGAGACUCCUUUCCAUUAUGGUACCCAUUACUCUUCGGCCAUGAUUGUGUCUUCCUAUCUCAUUCGCCUCCCACCUUUCGUUCAAUCUUAUAUCCUCCUCCAGGGUGGGUCUUUCGACCACGCAGACCGUCUCUUUCAGUCCAUCCCCCAUGCGUGGAAGUCUGCAUCCUGCGACAACAAGGCAGAUAUCAGGGAGCUGAUCCCCGAGUUCUUCUGUCUUCCGGAGUUCUUGACCAACAUCAACCAGUACAACUUUGGCAACCGGGAGAGCACGGGGGCGAGGGUUAACAACGUCGUGCUGCCUCCCUGGGCCAAGGGAGACCCCAAGAUUUUCAUCACCAAACAUCGUGAGGCACUCGAAAGCCCGUACGUUAGCCAGCAUCUCCACAGCUGGAUUGAUCUGGUGUUCGGUUUCAAGCAGAGGGGCGACGCCGCGGUUGACAACCUAAACGUUUUCCAUCAUCUCUCGUACAGGGGCGCCACGGACCUGGACAACAUCAGUGAUCCGCAGGAGAGACGAAUCACGGCUGGGGUCAUCCACAACUUUGGCCAAACACCUCACCAAGUGUUUACUCGAUCCCAUCCUGCUCGUGAGCAUGUCUCUUGUCCGAUCCGGCGACUUGAUACUUCCGUCUAUGCUCUUACCAGGCUGUCUCACCCAUUACUCGGUAGGUUCUCUCGUCCAACGGCUCACUCCAAACUAAUCAGUCAAACAGAAUCGCGCGAAAGAGUGGCUUCUCUGAUUUAUUCGCCCAAGAUUGACCGUCUCAUCUGCGCAUCGCCCUUCCGUCUGAACGUUGCGCCGUAUGACAAGUUUCUUGAAUGGGGUUACGCCGACAAUAGCAUCCGCUUCUUCUUCAGCGAUAACCGGAAGGUAAGGAAGCCCGAUUCGAUUUCUGGCUGGGACUUGGCUAAGAAUCAAAAGCCUGCGGGACUGUUUGAGAACCUCCACAUAGGGCAGCUGUCUUGCGCUACCUUUGCGGAUUCCAAGACACUGAUCACAGCGGGAGAAGACUGCGUCAUAUCGGUGUACGCUGUGCAGACGGCUCCUGGAAAAGUAGUGGACCUGCUCCCCCGUUCGUCGCUUUUCGGUCACCGCGCUCCUGUGACGAGCAUCGCAGUGUCCAAGUCCUUCAGCACGUUUGUGUCGGUCUCGACCGAUGGCCAAGCCUUCGUUUGGGAUCUCAAUCGUCUCGAGUUCAUUCGCAAGCUGCCGUUCUCGCGGCCCGUCGAAUGCGCCCGCAUCAACGACGUAUCUGGCGAGAUCAUGCUGGGAUCCGGUCCGAACGUGAUUCUCUACACCAUCAAUGGCACCGUCAUCAUUGAUCAGAAUGUCUGUGCAGAACCCGACGACUAUGUACAUUCGUGUGCUUUCUACGAAGGUGCCGGCAACGAGUGGCUUGAGAACUAUCUCGUCUUCACCGGCCACAAAAGAGGCCGUGUGAAUGUGUGGAAGAAGUGCGUCAAGAACGGCAAGUGGGUGUUGGAGCUGCUUCGGCGGCUGGACCAUGUAGAUCCGCGCUCGGAGGUGGGCGCCAACUAUGACGCGGGUGUGACUUGCAUCACGCCUAUGCCGCAGUGCGUCUACACCGGCGAUGACGAUGGACGAGUGUACGAGUGGAAUCUUGUUCAGCGGGACAGAUAG